GACUGAUCGUUGUGUCUUACCACUUGUUGCUCACGCUGUUGUUUUCAUAUUCAGUUUUAGUAUUGUUUAGGGAAUUUGCGAGCGAUCAAGCGCUUAAUAACAACGUGACUUAUUUUUUUAAGUUUUAAAAGAAAUAGAAUUAGUCGUACAAUAAAAAAUAAAAAAAGCAAAGUUUGGAGCUUUAUAAGCGUUUAAAUUGUAUUAAAGACUAAUUAAAAUUUCAAUAUAAAUUUAUUUUUCAAACAAACAUGGAAGAGGAAACAACAAACUAUGAGGAGGAACUGGAGCAAUAUGUCGAGGACGAUGGAACUGAGUACACCGGUCCUGGUGAGCAGGAGGUGGAAAAGCCAACGAAGGAUGAAUUCAAGGUCGCCAAAUGGAUGAGGGCAAACAUUAAAUCGAAGAAAACCAAAUUUCUCAGCCACAAUGUUACAUACUUCAUAUCGAAUAAGGCGGUCGAUGCUUUGUUGAAAUCCAAAUUCGCACAAGGCGAUGACGCACUCUUCACUACACGUGAACAAGCUAUUGAAUAUUUGGAUAUGAUGUUGGAGCAUAAGUUUUUCCAUCGCGCCAAAAAGGUACCCGUCUCAUUGGAGGAGUUGCGUGGCAGUGCUGCGUCAGCUGCCAUAGCUGGCAAAACAACGAAAAACAAAGGUGAUGAUAAAGAACACAAGAACACCAGCGGUGGUAAGAAGGAAAAGGAUGAAAAGAAAGAUACGGAAGCUGAGGCUGAAGCAAGCGGUGGUAAUAAUGGCAAUGGUGAUGGUAAUAUCAGUGCCGGUGCUGGCGGCGCUGGUGGCGAAAAGAAAGAGAAACGUAAGCGAAAAAUCCGUUUGGAUAUGCAUCCGGAGCAGAUUUUCGUUGAUGGCUCUGAGGCGUACAUUUGGAUUUAUGAUCCCAUACCCCUACACUAUUGGAUUUAUGGCUUGAUUUUAUUGCUGGGCGCUAUAUUAAUCUGCUUGUUCCCGUUAUGGCCGCCAUUAUUGCGUAAAGGUGUCUACUACCUAUCAGUGGCGGCAGCUGGAUUCCUUGUUGUCAUUUUGGCUCUUACAGUGGUACGACUAAUUGUUUUCACGCUCGUUUGGUUGCUGUCUUAUGGGAAAUUGCAUUUCUGGUUACUGCCGAAUUUGACCGAAGAUGUGGGAUUCUUUGCAUCGUUCUGGCCACUCUAUGAAAGCAAUUACAUUGCUGAGGAGGAAAAAUCGAAGCCAACGGACAAACGUUCCAAAUCUAAAUCGAAGAAGAAGGAGAAGGACAGUGAUGCCGAAGAAGAUACUGCACCCGAAGCGAUACCACUAGAACCGGAGAAAAUUGAAGAGGUGAAAGAACAUGAUGCGGAUAUGGAAUUGCGUCAUCGCAAUGUCGCUGGCGACAGCGCAACAACGGGCAAUUCAGAGGACGGCGGUGAAAACAGCGAAACGGCUGUUAAGUCGGACGCUAAAGGCUCACAUACGCCCUCCGAAUCAGAUUCGGAAAUCUCCGGCAAGGACCAAUUUGAGAUCAUCAGUUCGAGUGAAGUGCAUAAUGUUAAUUAAUGAAAUUAAUAUUUAAUACUGAAAAAACAAUUAAUGCAAUUUACAUUUUUACAAAUAGAUAAAAAAUAUACA